AUGGAGGAGGAACACAGUAGCGGUGAUGUGGAGAAACUUUCGGAGAGGAUGGAGACGUCUUUGUGCAUGGACGCAGAGGACAGUUUAGAGAUCUACAGCAGGUUGGUUCAGAAGGCCAAAGCCGCAAGUCGAGAAGGAGACCUGCACAAAACCCUGUCCCUAUUUGAAAAAGCCUACAAAAUCCAGCCAAGUGAGAAACUCCACUCACGCAUCCAGACGGUCAAAGAGUUCUUAGCAGAGCAGCAAGAGGAGGACGAGGACGACGAGGAAUAUGUGGACGUGAAUGGAAGUGGUCUGCUGCUUUUCAAAGACCUUUACGACAAAUUGUACCAUUAUCAGAAAGAAGGUGUGGCAUUUUUGUACAGCCUUUACCGUGACAAAUACAAAGGAGGUAUUCUUGCCGAUGAUAUGGGCUUGGGAAAAACAAUUCAAGUGAUUUCAUUCCUGUCUGGAAUGUAUGACUCUGAACUUGUCAAGUUCACAAUCCUGGUCGUUCCCACCUCUCUAAUCACCAACUGGACAAAGGAAUUUGCUAAAUGGACACCAGGGAUGAGGGUGAAGGAGUUUCACGGGUCGAGCAAAAGUGAGCGAACAAAAAAUCUAGAGAAAGUUCAACGACGAGGUGGUGUUCUGAUCACCACAUACAACAUGCUGCUGACAAACUGGCAGGUCUUAGCAGCACACCAUGGCCAGGAGUUCACAUGGGACUACAUGAUUCUGGACGAAGCUCACAAAAUCAAAAACACCUCAACAAAAACAGCCAAGAGUGCGUCUGCGAUCCCCUCCAAGAAUAGAGUGCUGCUCACAGGUACGCCGGUGCAGAACAAUCUGCGUGAGAUGUGGGCGCUGUUCGACUUUGCGUGUCAAGGAGCGCUGCUUGGGACUGCAAAGACCUUCAAAACAGAGUACGAAAACCCGAUCACCAGGGCGCGCGAGAAGGAUGCUACACCAGGAGAGAAAGUGCUGGGUUCGCGGAUCUCCAUGGCCAAACUCGGGCUUGACGACCACCAGGAAGGAGGCGAUUUAGAGGCUGAUUCAGGAAACGAUAUUGCCAAUGUGCCUGACGAUACCCUGAUUGCCGAAUCGGGCAAAAUGGUAUUCCUCUUUGAGCUUUUGGAGAGGCUGAGGGAAGAGGGCCACCGCACGCUCGUCUUUGCACACUACCGCAAAGUCCUGGACAUCCUGGAGCGGAUCCUGAAAAACCGUGGUUUCAAAGUGAUGCGGCUCGAUGGGACAAUCCUGCAAAUGGCCGAACGCGAGCGGAGGAUCACACGGUUCCAGAGAGACGAGAGCUACACAGUUUUCCUCCUGACGACACAAGUGGGGGGAGUCGGCAUCACACUCACGGCGGCGGAUCGUGUCGUCAUUUAUGACCCGAGCUGGAAUCCCGCCACAGACGCACAAGCAGUGGACCGUGCAUAUCGCAUCGGGCAAAAGGGGAACGUUGUGAUUUAUAGACUGAUCACGUGCGGGACUGUGGAGGAGAAGAUCUACCGCAGACAAGUUUUUAAAGAUUCGCUGAUCAGGCAAAACACGGGCGACAAGAAGAAUCCGUUUAGGUAUUUCAGCAAACAGGAACUGAGGGAGCUGUUCACUCUGCAAGAUACAAAGUCCUCCACGACGCAGAUCCAGCUUCAGGAGCUGCACUCGAGGCAGAGGUGCACGGACGCGGAGCUGGACCAGCACAUCGCACACCUCCACGCCAUGGAGAUGUUUGGCAUCUCGGACCACGACCUGAUGUUCUCUGUGAACGUGAACCAGGACGAGGCGCCGGAGGACCAGGAGGAGCACCGCUACAUCGAGGGCCGCGUGCAGAAGGCGCAGGAGCUGAUGAAGGCGGAAUGCGAGCUGCAGGUGCAGGUAGCGCAGAGUAUGGGCUCCAGCACUGAGGCAGCCUGGCUCAGGAUGGACACGCAACCCAAAGAGAGGAAGCCCCGGUACCCCUCACAGGACUUGGAGAAUGUUCCGGCUCGCCCCGUCCCUGCAGAUGUGGUGCACCUGGACCAGUCCAGCUCUCCUCACAGAGUUUCUGAGGAGAAGAACACCGUCGACCUGACGUUGGAGCAGAGCAGUGACGACCGUAUAGAAACCAGCCCAGAGCUCCGUGAAAAAAUCUGCAAAAUCAAAAAGGAAAGAGCUGACCCCGAGCUUCACUUUGUAGAUCAUGAACCAGUGGUGAUUUCUGACGACGAGGCCCCACUACACGGUGAUGUCUUCAUGAACGAUUUGGAAGAGCAACAAAAAGACAAAGGUUUUAACAGUGCAUCAGAUGUGCACAAACAUGACCUUCAAGAAAUGGAAAAAUCCAACUGCUCCAUGAAUAACUUGGUGAUUGAGGAUUCCUUUGAAGAAGACAUGAACGCAUCCGGACAGAACGACAAAUCUGAGUCUUUGAACGGAACGCAAGACGUCGUUGGAAAUAACAAAACGGCUCAUUCGACCGGAGACAGCAGCUUGAGCUACGUCACCGCGGACGACGAGAGGCCCCAGAGAGCGACGUCAGGACAUGAAACGAACAUGGACCUGGGAGAGUUUCACGACACGCCAUUGAGGGAUAGACGUCUGUCCGCAAUGCAAACAAGUCUGAAAUCUGGAAACCGGUCCAAUUCCAGCUACGUCAUGGACUCUUUAGAGGGCAACUUUAACCUCCAGCUGGACGAGGACAGCGAUGUGACUUCAGAUGAGAAUGUUUUUAGUGACGACAAGCAGACGGAGGAAGAGGAGAGAGAGCUACUGUCCAAGCUCCAGUCAGACGGGAGUUUUGACGUCAAUAAAUCGUUAGCAGAAAGGCACAACAACACUUCUCUAGCCGACAAUUCGGUCAUCCGCACGACCCGAAAGAAGCGUGUGGCAAGGAUCUACAGCGACGACGAAGAUGAGGAGGAGGAGGAGGCUGAAGACACUCGGAGCAGAAAGGACCUGGAAGAGGGUUUCGAUAUGUUGGCUGCGUCCACGCCAAAAGCUGCUCACGGCAUGAACCGGUCACGGAAAAGCCUGAACGCGUCCGUGGCCUCGAGAAGAUCCUUGGUGCUUUCUCUGAUCGACGACGUUGGAAAUCGGGACGAAGGAGAAAGCAGACAGUCUGAAGAAGAGGAGUCUGAGGAGGAUAUCCAGGAUGUGAGCAAUGAGGAUGAUGAAGAGGGGGAAGAGUCCAGGGGCAAACAUGAUGUGUCUGAGAGCUUCUGUGAGGAUGAAGAGUCUGAGCCGAGUGGAGAGACGCUGAACACUGAGGAGGAGGAAGAGGAGAGCAUGGAAGAGUCAACCGCAGACACAGAGCUGGCCUCCGACGAGAAGAUGGACAAGCGCGCUCCUCAAAGCACGAGCCUGAAGGAGAAGGUGGAGGACUACGAGUAUCUGGUGCUGAGGGGCCGAGAGUGCCUCACACGGGGCCAGCAGGAGGAGGCCCUGGGGCACUUCCUCAGAGCCAUUGACAUGAAACCCGGAGACCCCGAAAUCCAGCUGCUCACCAUCCAGCUCUACAGGCAGCUCAGCGACACCAAGUACUGA